AUGUUUCGCAACCGAGCCAAUUCGCAGAAGCCCAAUGAAGAGCUUAUCGAGACCUUCAGAGCGACCUUCCCUCAUCUUGCUUCAACCUCGCGCUCGCAUUCCCUCAAUAAUGUCCAAGGACCCUCUCUGACCGAUGCGCUCGACGUAGCUCACACAGCCCGUACUUUCGGCGACCACGAGGAUAUCAAGGAUGCAGACCCGACGCCGCGCGGGAACAACGAACCAUGGCGCUUCACCCCCUCUCUGCUCGACCCAAAUAGCUUCGCAUUCACCACCUUUGCUAACCAGCCACCGGGAUACUACACUCCCACCCCCGGCGGAACCAACACUCUCUACCACAGCCAGGCUGGCGACCUGCACACUCCCGGAUUCAGUUUCGGCCUAGGUACACCGCUAUCUCUCCCCACUUCAGAAGGCGGCUUGCAUGCUGGACAAGCAGCGCCUACCACGCAACUCCAUGGCUUCAACCCGCACGCUCUCAGCAACCACCACCACUUCAGCAAUCAGAAUCCUUUUGCCAUCCAGGCGCAACAUGCGCCUGCUUUCGCACCACAUCAAUUUACCCACCAGCCUUCCGUCUUCGAACAACAACAUGCGCCACUUGCGCAGACGCACGAGAACUCCCCCAUGGACAACAUCGUACCCGACGUAGAAAUGCAGGAACAAUCACCUCUGAUUGGCUACGCACCGCAGACGUUCGAGGACCAUGCUCCUGCUCCGGCUGCGCCGCUACCUGGAGAGAAUUUCCGGUAUCACGUUACUUUGAAUGCGCCAACUGCGAUGAUCAAGCACGCAGAUGAGAUUCCAGUGACAUACCUCAAUAAGGGACAAGCUUAUACCAUCUCCCUUGUUGAUACGCAACCCAUUCAGAACUCGUCAACUCCUGUCAAGUACCGGACCUUCAUCCGGAUUUCUUUCGAAGAUGAACAACAACGACAACGUCCAGCUUCGUGUUGGCAGCUUUGGAAGGAGGGCCGCGGGACUAAUGAGGCACAUCAAAGAGGUGGCCGUUUGCAAGCCGUUGAGUUCGUCGAUCCAAGCCAGGUGGGCGGCGGUGACAUGCAAGGACGCCCCAAGAUCGAGCUCGACACCGCUUCCUUUGAUGGCUUCGCUGUUACGUGGUCGCCCGUCCACAACACCGCACCCGAAUGUUCGCUUGCUGUUCGCUUCAAUUUUCUUUCAACGGAUUUCAGCCACUCCAAGGGUGUCAAAGGCAUCCCAGUCCGACUAUGCGCCAAGACUGAGUUGGUAACGAACGCGCCUGGGUCUCCGGGGAGCGGCAAGCAGAAUGAACUUUGCUAUUGCAAGGUGAAGCUGUUCCGCGACCACGGUGCGGAAAGAAAGCUGUCCAACGAUGUCGCACACGUUAAGAAAACCAUCGACAAAUUGAAACAACAGAUUGCUCAGGUUGAAUCAGGCAUGAAGGACUUUGGAAAGCGAAAGCGUAGUGGUUCGAUAUCCAAGGGCGCCCCAAGUCAAAGACCGGGAAAGGUGCAAAAACACAAGCGAACAUGGUCUAUGUCAUCCAACAGCGAGUCUGGAGGUCGGCCAGCUGCUGAAGAGGACCUACACCUUAAGCUGGCCAGCCUACAGGACAUGUUCAGUUCCACGAGGCCAGUCAGCGUGCUAUACCUCAAGGGAGAAGAAAGCGAUGAUCCGGAUCUUCAUCCAGUACAGCUCACAGGCUCACCACCGACUCUCCAGAGAAUAGAUACGAACGUGAGUACCGACACGCAAAUGUGGGAAAGACAGAGCGCGCACACUGGAGCCACGUCCUCAGUCGUCUCGCCAACUCCCAGCCAUCAAUCUAUACACUCCGAAAAACGCAGAGGCUCGGCUUUUAAACAUCCCACGCCAUUCCCGCCCUCUCGAAUGUCAUCGAAUGAAUGGCGGAAUCUCCCUCAGACUGCGAUAGGCGACCUCAAACCGCAAGGUGUUACCGCUGGUUCUGAUGUUCCCACCAAGGUCCAACGACCGUACGGCGACGAUCAUGCCCUUUCUGGGUGGAUCGAAGCUUUAGGGGUCGAUCAAACCUACCAACCGCCACCCGAGCCAAUAAUCAAGCCAGUGGCAUGUUUCUUCGUGCAGCCUCGCAUUGCGGGUAAACAACCCGACGACAAUUACUUCCGGGCCGUUUAUCUCAUGGACCGCACCCUCAAAGAACUCGUCGCCGGUAUCGCGCGGAAGAUCAACAUCGAACCCACACAGGUCACUCGCACUAUCCGAAUUAAUCAGAAGGGCUUGCAAAUUCUUCUCGAUGACGCUGGUGUGCAGGACAUCCCGGAGCAGCAAGACAUGGCUGCGGAAUUCCAGGAGAUCACACCUCCGACUCAACCCGUGAAACGAGAAUGGGACGCAGGCCCAACGGACAUCCAAGUCGAUGGUGAUAUUCACGUAAUCGAGAACGUAAACUCUACCGGCUACGAGCUCCGACUCCUUUACUGA